ACCAAAUUUAAGCUCUGACAUAUCCUAUAAAUAGAGGAUCUUUAGGGUCAUUUAGAGCACACAACAUAUGAACUGACAAAAUGGAAGUGAUAAAGAAGAAAGAAAACACAUCUAAAAGGAUGAAGGGUGGAAUGAUCACUAUGCCCUUCAUAUUUGCAAAUGAGAUAUGUGAGAAAUUGGCAGUGGUGGGAUUUGGGGCAAAUAUGAUAAUAUACUUGACAAGUGAGCUCCAUCUUCCAUUGACAAAAGCAGCUAAUACUCUUACAAAUUUUGGUGGCACUGCAAGUUUAACACCAUUGCUUGGAGCUUUCAUUGCUGAUACUUUUGCUGGAAGGUUUUGGACUAUAACAGUUGCUUCUAUCAUCUACCAAAUUGGCAUGAUCAUUUUAACAUUAUCAGCAAUACUUCCUCAACUAAGGCCUCCAUCUUGCAAAGAUGAUGAAUAUUGUAAAGAAGCAAAUUCAAGCCAAUUAGCCAUCCUCUAUGUGUCACUACUCUUAACAGCCUUUGGAUCAGGGGGAAUUAGGCCCUGUGUUGUUGCAUUUGGGGCAGAACAAUUUGAUGAAAAUGAUCCAAAACAAAAAAGACAAACAUGGAAAUUCUUCAAUUGGUACUAUUUCUGUAUGGGAUUUUCAAUGCUUGUGGCUGUCACAGUGAUUGUUUAUAUUCAAGAUAGUAUUGGAUGGGGUGUUGGAUUUGCUGUCCCAACAAUUGCUAUGCUUAUUUCAAUUGUUGUUUUCAUAUUUGGAUACCCCUUGUAUAGAAACUUGGAUCCUGCUGGUAGCCCUUUCACUAGGCUAUUGCAAGUUUGUGUUGCAGCCUACAAGAAGAGGAAAUUGGACAUGGUAAAUGAUCCUAAGUUUUUGUACCAAAAUGAAGAGCUUGAUACUGCUAUUUCUACAGCUGGCAAGCUGGUCCACACUAAGCAAAUGAAAUUUUUGGACAGGGCAGCAAUAGUAACAGAGGAAGACAAUCCCAAAUCUCCGGAUCUAUGGAGGCUAAACACGGUCCAUCGCGUAGAAGAACUAAAAUCGAUCAUAAGAAUGGGGCCAAUAUGGGCCUCCGGGAUCAUCCUAAUCACAGCAUACUCCCAACAACACACGUUUUCAGUCCAACAGGCCAAAACAAUGGACAGGCACUUUAUACAUUCCUUCGAAAUCCCAGCUGCAUCGAUGACUGUCUUCACUUUAACCUCAAUGCUAUGCACCAUUUGCUUCUAUGACCGCGUUUUUGUCCCCAUAGCACGUAAAUUCACUGGCCUAGAACGUGGCGUUUCAUUCCUAAGCAGGAUGGGAAUCGGCUUCUCAAUUUCAGUCCUGGCCACAUUAGUAGCCGGAUUUGUUGAAGUUAAACGAAAAGAAGCAGCGUUGACUCAUGGAUUAAUCGAUAAGUCUAAGGCAAUCAUCCCGAUUUCAGUAUUCUGGCUUGUGCCACAGUAUGUUCUACAUGGUAUUGCUGAGGCAUUUAUGUCAAUUGGACAUCUUGAAUUUUUCUUUGAUCAAGCACCAGAGAGUAUGAGAAGUACUGCCACUGCAUUAUUCUGGACAUCAAUUUCAGCAGGGAAUUAUUUGAGUACUCUUUUGGUUUCACUUGUGCAUAAAGUUACUACAGGACCUGGAGGAACAAAUUGGCUGCCUGACAAUAAUUUGAACAAGGGGAAAUUAGAGUAUUUUUAUUGGUUGAUCACAAUUCUACAAGUGCUUAACUUGAUUUACUAUCUGUUUUGUGCAAGAUUGUAUACUUUCAAGCCUAUUCAGAUGGAGAAGACAGAGGAUUUGGAGUCUAAAAAAGAUAGUAUUGAACUUGUAAACAAUGUUUAGUUUGUAUUGGUCAUCAUUAUGUAAUAAUUUUAGGUUAUUAGGAAAGAAAUGAAUGUAUGAAUAAUUUUAGUAGUUUGUAAAGGCGAAAGUUCUUGGUUGACAAAUGCUUCUUAAUUGUAUUUCUCCAUAUUAAAUAUCAAAACAAUCCAUUACUGGAUUUA